ACCUCCUCCCUGCUGCGACACGCCCAGUUAUGCUGCCCGUGUCAAACCUUUUAUUUUGGUAAUAGCACAUGGCACCGCGAGCUCAUCCCAGUGAUACCACUGCGCGCGCAGCCACAGGUGGUGUUCAUGCGUGCCACCUUCACAUCUGAAGCAACAGAAGAAGAGAGACGGGGUACUAGCAGCGCUUCAUCACCGCUUCACUGACGGAGGAAACUCAUAAAGCUGCUUUCUGCUUUGUUGGGAGCGGGUGUUGUUGGAGGCUAAGGUGAAGUGGGACCUACUGUCUGCUGGGUGUGUGUUCAGGGCUUUGUCGAGGAGCGCGCCGAGGUUUAACAGGUGGAGAAGGCACAUUAAAUCACUGCACUCACCUUGGGUUUGGACAAGAGUGUGUGCUGAUCCGAUCACUAAAUGGCGCUGACGGUGAACCUUAUCGGUCCUUCACCAUGGGGCUUCAGAAUAUUUGGAGGACGGGACUUCAAGAAAGCCAUAACUGUAUCAAAGGUCAACAGGGGCAGCAAGGCAGAGCAAGCAGACCUGCAGCCCGGUGACAUUAUCUUGGAGAUCAAUGGGGAAAACACGGCCGACAUGCUGAACGUGGAGGCGCAGAACAAGAUCAAGAGCUCGACUCAGCUGCAGCUGGUGGUGGACAGACCUGAACCUCCCAGUCCUGGACAGACUAAUGGCAUUAGCACCCCUGAGCAGCUCACCGGACGCUUCCAGGAGGCAGUAAUAGUGAGUCGAGAUGAGAAUCAGAACUACAGAGAGUACACCAUCUCCAGCCCUGCGUCGCUGUCCCCUGGACCUUAUUCACCAGAUCCUCCUGCCAGCCCCGACGGGAAGAGGGACAGACUGACAGCGACCACCAACAAGGGUGUCCAACUGCGUCCAUGGUCUCCAGAGGACAGGAGUCACAGGAUGUCCAGGCCACUGUCACAGGAGUUCUCCCCUCCAGACUACAGAAAUAACUCUGUGUCCAGCAGAACCCCGACACCCCCAGGACGCUAUUCACCUCAUAGCCCCAUUGAUCGGGACGCACCCAUGUCCCCACGUCGCAGCAGUUCGAGCUCUGACUACGCCAUGCAGAGGUUCGACAAGGACUCAGAGGUAUACAAGAUGAUUCAGGAGAAUAAGGAAUUCCGCACGGCACCUCGUCAGUCCAACACCUUCAAAAUGCUGCAAGAGGUCCUGGAGGCUGACGAGAAAGAGGCAGCCCUGCGGUUCCCAGGGAAACUUUCCCCCAACGUCCCCAAACCAGGCACAGCAGUGGCAGGAGUCAAAAAAACCCACAUCUGUGAGAAGUGCGGCACCAGCAUUUUAACACUGGCCGUGCGCAUCUCGGACGACCGCUUCCGCCACGCAGAGUGCUACACUUGCACAGAUUGUGGUCUUAACCUCAAGAUGAGAGGUCAUUUUUGCGUCGGAGAUGUGAUGUACUGUGAGAAGCACGCCAACCAGAGGUACAAAGGCCCAGGUAGUUCCCCUCAAGUCACCGUGUCCCCUCGCCAAUGAGUCUGCCACUCUUCACCUGCCCCGCUCUGAACGUCGAGUGCUGCUUAUCUGCCUGAAGCUCCACACCACCUGACUCAGUUAUAGACCUUGGGAUGGGGCGUGGAGGUGGACACUGGUCAGCAAAAUGGCAGAGGGUGCUUUUUUUCUGAUCACAUUUAACCAUACUUUGCAAUAUUAUGAUUCACUUUCUUGCCUUUCUUAUAAUUGUAUGAGAAUUGGGGCUUUUGUUUUUCUAUGGCCUGGCCUCGACGGUCUCUUUAGGUUAUUCUUAGCUCUAAUGAUGCACAGCUGCCAUGGACUCAAGCCACAUCGCAUUGUACUAAGGCCAGAUUUACAUAACACCAACGCUUUGACAAACUCAACAGAACUGGCUCUCUGACUCUCCGAGGAUCUGGAUAAUCAUUUGAAUCUCCUGCUGACACAAAGGGACCAAAAUCUCACCUACACUGCAUGCCAUUUUAAAAAUGUACUGUACACAGGCAGUGCUGUGUGUGUGUGUGUGUGUGUGUGUGUGUGUGUGUGUGUGUGUGUGUGUGUGUGUGUGUGUGUGUGUGUGUGUGUGUGUGGGGGUGUGUAUGGAUGCAUGCUUUCACAUGCAGGAGUGUGGUGGCUUCUGCAUGCCUUUCCUGCAUCUGUGUGUGUGAUUGCGUGUGUGCCUGAGAGAGAGAUGGGGAGGGGGGUCCAAAUUGUUAGAUACAAAGGAGUUUGUGAAUUUUGCGCUAGAGUCAGGCCAAAAGCCCUUGAGUUUUUUUUCUAUAUUUCUUUUGUAAGUAGAAUUUAUGAGUAGAAAUAAUGAAAAAAUACAUAUUUGCUGACUUGUUUUGCUGUUUUGUUGCUUAUGAGGGACUAUAGAUUCAUACAAAUAUACAAAUAUUUUUGAUGUUUUUUUUGUGAUUGAAUUGUAUUCUAUAAUAUAGACCAUUUAAAAUGCAUAAUGUAUGCACAGGACAUUUAGUGUGAAAAGAAUUGAUGAUACUACACUUGUCAAGUUACAGCAGUACUCAGAGAUACACUAUAAUGUUCGCAUUUCAUGUGGCACUUAAUAAAACCGCACAACCUAAAGCUU